UCACAGUCUCUUUGAAUCAAUCAACAAACGAAAAUGCCACAAACUUUAAUACAUUUGCUAAUGAUAUUAGUUUACGUGGUUACCUUGCUCUUAUAAUUUCCACCCUUUCCCCAACCCCCAUCACCAUAAACCAUUUAGCGUCUAAGGGUUCGCAAUUUUGCUAACAGUUGUUCAGAAGAACAAGCUGGCCUCUGAGUACAGAUAAAGAGCUAAAAUGUGUAGGGUGGGACUAACUCUUAAGACCUCAAAAAAAAAAGGAGCUGUUUGGAACCACAAUUCCACACUCGGGCCUCGGCUGGGAGGGAGAGAACCUCUGCACGUGGGUCAGUAGGAUUUCCCCGCCCGAGCGAUCCUCCCCGCAGCAGGCAGGUCGGUUCCGAGAGCGCAGGCGUGAACCCGGAGCGGCUUCUCUGGAGACCAGGCGGAAGCGGCGGCGAGCAGAGCUGCGGUUGGCCGCCCGGGCGGGAUGGAGAAGCAGGGGGUGGAGCCCGAGGAGGAAGGCAGCCGUGACGAGGGAGAGGACGCGGUUCGGGCCAUGGAGCGGCCGGAGGCGGGGGCGGCAUGUAGCUCGCCGGGUUCGUCCGGGCCUGAGGAGCCCGACGGCCUCGCUUGGUGGGUUCAGCAGAAGUAUCAUGUGGUUACCUGCAACUAUGAAGCUAGGAAAUUUGGAGUUAAGAAACUUAUGAAGGUCAGAGAUGCAAAAGAAAAGUGUCCACAGCUGGUAUUAGUUAAUGGAGAAGACCUGACACGUUACAGAGAGACGUCAUACAAGGUUACAGAGUUGUUGGAACAGUUUAGUCCGCUUGUUGAGAGACUUGGGUUUGAUGAAAAUUUUGUGGAUCUAACAGAAAUGGUUGAGAAGAGACUGGAGCAGUUUCAAAGUGAUGACCUUUCAGCAGUGACUGUGUCAGGUCAUGUAUACAAGAAUCAACCUAUUAACCUACGUGACAUCUUGCACAUCAGACUGCUUAUUGGAUCUCAGAUUGCAGCAGAGAUGCGGGAAGCCAUGUAUAAUCACUUGAGUCUCACUGGCUGUGCUGGAGUGGCUUCUAAUAAAUUAUUGGCAAAAUUAGUUUCUGGUGUCUUUAAACCAAAUCAGCAGACAGUCUUACUACCUGAAAGUUCUCAAGAUCUCAUUCAUAGUUUGAGCCACAUAAAGGAAAUGCCUGGUAUUGGCUAUAAAACUGCCAAACGUCUGGAAGUACUGGGUAUCAGUAGUGUGCGUGAUCUUCAAACCUUUUCAUCCAAAAUACUAGAAAAAGAAUUAGGAAUUUCAGUUGCUCAGCGUAUCCAGAAGCUCAGUUUUGGAGAGGAUAACUCUCCUGUGACACCCUCAGGACCACCUCAGUCCUUUAGUGAGGAAGAUUCAUUUAAAAAAUGUUCAUCAGAGGUGGAAGCUAAAAAUAAGAUUGAAGAACUGCUUGCUAAUCUUUUAAACAGAGUCUGCCAAGAUGGAAGGAAGCCACAUACAGUAAGAUUAGUAAUACGCCGGUAUUCUUCUGAGAAGUACCAUGGCCGUGAGAGUCGUCAGUGCCCUAUUCCCUCCCACGUAAUUCAGAAGAUAGGGACAGGAAAUUAUGAUGCGAUGACCCCAAUGGUUGAUAUACUUAUGAAACUCUUUCGAAAUAUGGUGAAUGUGAAGAUGCCAUUUCAUCUUACCCUUUUAAGUGUGUGCUUCUGCAACCUUAAAGCACCGAAUACUGCUAAAAAAGGGACUAUUGAUUAUUAUUUAACACCAUCAUUAUCAACAACUUCAUGCUCUGGCAAACGCAGUUUUAAUUGGAAGUUUGAGUACAUAAUUGUUAAGAUCCUUUCCAAGUCUCCAAUACUUGCCUACUUUCUGGCUCAGUGCUAUCUAAGAAGGAAGCCUCUUCCUGGAAUAGUGAGUAAAGAUCCACAAAACAGUAAAAUGAAAGACACUCAUAUGGAGGAUUUUUCCAAAGACAAAGAAACAAACAGGGAUUUUCUACCAACUGGAAGAAUUGAAAGUACAAGAACUGGGAAGUUGCCACCAGAUCCUACACAUUUCUCUAAAGCGGAAGACAAUAAUGAAUGUCCACUCUCCUCGCUUCCUGAGGGUAUUGACCAAGAAGUCUUCAAGCAGUUGCCAGUAGAUAUUCAAGAGGAAAUCCUUUCUGGAAAAUCUAGAGAAAAAGUUCAAGGGAAAGGAAGUUUGAGUUGUCCAUUACAUGCUUCUAAAGGAGUAUUAUCUUUCUUUUCUACGAAACAAAUGCAGCAUGGUUCCUUAAAUCCUAAAGAUCAUUUAUCCAAGAGCAAACAGAUAUCCUCUGUGUCUCCCUGUGAACCAGGAACAUCAGGCUUAAAUAGCAGUAGUUCCUCUUACUCAUCUAGCCAGAAGGAUUAUUCACAUUAUUUAGACAGCAGCUUAAAAGAUGAACGCAUGAGUCAAGGACCCAAAGAAUCUCAAGGAUUCUACUUUUCAAAUACAAACCCUGCUGUAUCUAUUUUCCAUUCAUUUCCAAAUUUGCAGAAUGAGCAACUUUACUCCAAAAAUUGUUCUAGAGAUAGCCAUGAGCAACCAGUGGCAACAGUCUCUCAUCAUGAAGGACUUACAGAAAAUAGAGAGCAAGAUUCUCUUGAUGAGAAAUUUGCUUUUCCUUCUGACAUUGAUCCUGAAGUUUUCUAUGAACUACCAGAAGAGGUACAAAAAGAACUGCUGGCUGAUUGGAAGAGAGCAGGAUCAGAUUUCCAUACUGCACAUAAAUAAGCAUGUUCUGAAAAAAGGGAAACACCGUUUUUCUCAGAUGAUCAGUUUAUUAAGCUCUUCUGAAUUAAAUACUAAUGGAUACUUUCAAUAAUGUAGAAAUACAACAGAAGAUGUUCUAGAUAAAGCAAGCAUAGUUGUGGGAAGUAAAUUCUGGCACAAAGCAUAGAAAUUUUCAUAACAAAUAAUGUAAAAUAUUACCUUCCUCUUGUUUCUAAAGCUGUUUUGUAUUGCUUUUCAAUAAAAAAAAAUCAUGGUCAG